AUGCAACUGAGAAAAAGUGUCACGGUGCCGACUCGUUUUGAAGAUGAAGUGCACGUCGCACCUCAAAAUCGCAAUGGAACCAAGCCAGCUUAUCCCAUGUUGCUCAAAGCCCAGAUUGUCCCUUUCAAUCCAAACAAUCCUCCAGCAGCCUUUCCUUCGCUUCCGCUGACCUCUAUCAAUACGUCUGCUGCGGGGAAUUCAGACGAAUCUAAAGAGUUGGUGAACGUUCAGGAAACGCUGAAUUCACUUUCAAGUGAGGGCCCCCGUAUCAGCUUGGCUGGCAGCAGUCCAGUUCAAAACAACAGUCCCCGAGCAGAGUGGCGAACAAUUGAACCCAUUACAACGCAGAAUAAUACCAGAAUACCCGUCCGACCCGUGGUGGAUGAGCCAAUUGCUGCAGAGACCGAUUGCAACCCCACAUGGGACGUGCUUCCGCUUUCUUUGCAGUGCCACAUCUACAAAGCCGUCUCAGCGAACUAUCCUUCGAAAUUAGUGCCGCAGCUUCUGGGACUGACGGAGCAGGAAGCGAGCCAAAUUCAGAGAGCUGUGGGCAUGCGGGCAUUACAUCCAGCUUCGGUUGCAGAAAUAUGGAACUACUGUGCUCAUGCUAGCGUCGAACUUUCUGAAGCUCAGCAACCACCCUUGUCUAUCGAUGCGGAUGUAUUCAAUGAAUAUGUCGACUACAUGGUCUUCGCGAGCAACUAUGAGUUAGCCUUUGAGUCCGAGGUCCGCGUGGCAAAAGACUUCUUGUCAAGUCGUGGUAUUGCGAGAGAAUUGCUCGGAACUUGGCUGCCAGAUCCUUUAGAUGCACAGUUUGGCGGACUCUUCAGACAUGUCCCGGGCACAACGGCCAGACCGGGCCCGUCGAACGAUCAUCUCCAUAUCGAUUCGGGAUAUUCGUCCUUCUCAGAACCUGACCAAACCCAUGAAGCACAGCGCAGUGAAAAACGCUUAAGGCCUAGGCACGAUUUGAAUAACAAGAAGAAGGCGGCCGGAAAGCGAAGCACAAUGCCCACGACUCCGGUCCAUCCGAUAUAUUCGAUUAAACCACGCCCGACAUCAGAUCGUCCAUUACUCCACUUGGAUCCAAAUUUGGUCGUGAGAAUCUCGCCCCAUCCCCUCUCUACCGUCACAAAGCCUGGUGAAUUAUCGAGUUCAUCUGGAGCAUCAUUGUUUAACGCCCGAGAUCUCAAUGAGAAAACCCGAACAGGCGUCGCUCGAGCCGGUUCAUAUUCAAUCACAGCGAUCUUCGAUAGUGCCACUUCUCCACACGUCCAACAUGGCCAAUUCGAAGUACAAGAUGAAUCUCUGGAAAAUGCGGUUAGUCCGCGUGCUAGCUGCAGCUCCAGAGGCAUAUUGGCCAAACUACUUUCAAGGGCGAAAGAGCGCUCUCGGGAUUUGCAGAGUGCUGACGCUUCUCAGCAGCUUACCACAAAGUAUUCGGAAGCACAUCCGCCGUUUGGGAUUCUACCAGAUCCUCAGCGUCUGAUUCUCAAGAUACAGAACAAGGACGGAUUGGCCAGGAUCUUGAGAAAGAAUCCGCAACCUAUGAGUUCGACACAACAAAUGUCCGCUCCAAACCCCGGAAAUACGACGGCAGUGUCUCUCAACGGGUUUGCGAAUCCUGAGCGUUCAUCAGUCAUCUCUAGGUCAUUCGGUACCAACAUAUCUGGAUUCGGCCUGGGACCCACGGUGAAGGAUGUGGAACGACCGCUGCAUAGUGGCACACUCGGCGCCACCUUCACGAGGCCUGCAAUCCGUCCUCCAGCCAAACCGCAACCACAUCCUGGCUGUUCAGCGCCUGUGGCAUCUGACAGCUCAAAGCGAAAGGCUUCCCAGUCAGAUAUCCGCCCAGAUAUAAGCAAGGUUCAACGAAUGCUAAUCGAAGCAGCACCCGUGACUCCUUCAAAAGGUACUUGGCAAGGGAAGAAUUAUGAUAUCGACCAACUUCAUACCGAAGCAGAAAGAUGUCGCGACCUUACCAAGGCGCAUCUGGUGCCUUCAGAUGAGACCGACUCUCACACUGAAUCACAGCACAUAAUCUCCAGCAUUGAAUCGGCAGAAACAAUCACAAGAACCACUGAGGGCGCUGUGCCUCUAGAGAUUGUGAAGCCAAGGUCUCCGCUUUCGCCAUCAUAUUCUCCGAUUUCUGAAAAUGAAGAUCUGGAAGAGCUCCAGGCACGACUCCGCGGACCGAUGAAGGAUGGAAUGAGGGGCAAGGUUCAAUGGGACAACGUUUGUUCGCAAUCGGACCUUGCUCUUGCCCUGAGCUCGUUGGCCAGCUUUGCAAAGGACAAGCAGGGGCAACGCGAAGAUGGAACGGAGAGCAUCGUCAUCACCAAUUCCGAGGGUGAAGAGGUUAAGCCGAACGGGAAGGGCAAAGGUGAAGACAGCUUGGAAAGCCGCAGCGCCGAUUCUUCUCUGCCAUCAGAGAAAAUCCAGGGCGCUUCUCGGAACACUGUGAAUGAUCUAGCUAGCGGACAGGAAUCUGUGGGAGUGGUCGGACAGACCUCUGGGCUUGUUCAGCACCAGCUGUCCACAAACGUUGAAGUGGAUCGAGAAAUGAAGGCGUCUUUGGACAAGACCACUAGCGAACAGGGACCCAUGAUGACUCCUCUCGAGGAGACAACGAAGGGAAAGACGGCCAAUCCAACGAAACGUGGCUGCAAGAGAGGACCAAGGGGCCCAUACAGGAAAACCCGAGAACGGCUUGCGAAGCUAGCUGAGGAAGCGAAUGCCGGUACGGUCAAGGCACCCUGA